AUGUCAACCAGUACUCCAGCACAGCAAGCACUAGAACAAGCGCGACAAGCCUUCCGAAGCAAAGUCGAGAAUCCAAACAUUUACGACGAAAUAUUGACUACAGGAACUAUUGAAGAGGUUUAUAAGCUUACCAAUGACAUUCAAUCCAAACUUGCCCCGCAGGGCAAGCUCCGGCACCUUGCGAAGAUCAAGCCUUUUCUUGACAGACUCUCUGAGUACGCUAGCGUAAUUGAAGUAUUUGUUCAAGUAAAACCGGAUAUCUUGGCUUUGAUAUGGGGCCCUAUCAGGAUCAUAUUGCACUGGUCUAACCAGAUCAGCUCUGUUCUGGACAAAGUUGCCGAUGUCUUAGAACGGGUUGGCUAUGCUCUUCCGCACUUUGCCAGAAUGGCACAGACAUUCAAUUCUAGCGAUGCGGUCAAGUCAGCUUUGACUCUUUAUUAUGAGGACAUACUUGAACUCUAUGCUAUUCUCUUCCACUUUUUUCGUAAAACCAGGUGGAUGCAGUUUUUCGAAGUCCUGUGGCCCAACUGCUUGAAGAAAAUUGAUCCCGUUAUCAAUAAUCUCGAAAAACACUCACUUUUGAUGAAGAAUGAAGUUACAUUUAUCGACAUCCAAGAAGCAAGAGAAGCUCGAGCUCGCACGUCAGAGCAGCUAAGCCGAGCCGAAGCUUCCCAACAGCUUCAAAGAUUUCGCUCCCUCAGAUCUAGAGUAUCGCCAGAGUUGUAUGACAGCCGUCUGGACUGGUUUCGCAACAGAUGUGUCUCUGGCUGCGCGACAUGGUUGAUGGAUGAUCGGGAGUUUGGCGAAUGGAUGGACCCCAAUAGCAACAACACAACAUGGCUUUGGCUUCAGGGAAUCCCUGGCGCAGGUAAGACCUAUUUGUCGGCGGCAGCCAUUGACCAUACUAGGGAACAUCACCAGACACUUUUCGCGUUUAUAUCAUACAAGAUGAGAAGCAGCCAAUCUGCCUUAUCAAUCCUACAUUCCCUUCUCUUUCAAGCUGCUGAAGAUGAUCAAAGCUUUCAAACUCGUUUACUCGAUUCAAAGGAACGAGAGCUUCAGGGUAAUACAAGCUUUGUGUUAGACUUGCUCAAAACGUUCCUGACUACCGCUGGACGCACCCACAUCAUCAUUGAUGGACUCGAUGAAAUGGACGAAUAUGAACGCCAGAUUCUGUUGAAGCGGUUCGAUGAGUUGUCUAAGGAUUGCAGUGAUCUGAGGCUAUUGAUUUCAAGCCGAGCUGAAGAUGAUAUCGCUACAGCCCUUCAAGAUAGAGUUACGGCGAUUCGGGUCGAUCACAGGAACUCGGAGAGUAUUCAAACCUACAUCGACAAAAGAUGGGAACGAUGGCUGGCGGAUCAGGGGUUUGAUCCAGCAGUCAGAAAGGAGCUGUUUCAAUCAGUUUCACCAAUACUAGCCAAGGCAAAUGGAAUGUUUCUAUAUGCGCGGAUUAUUCUGGAUAACCUGGAACAGAUGAAUACUAUCGAAGAGAUCCGAGACGAGCUCAAGGCCUUACCAAACGAUCUCGAGGGCGCGUACCAUCGCAUUUUUCAUCGAAUCAAUACACUUGAUGACACGCUUCGUUCUAAAUGCCGAAGGCUUCUAGGUUGGAUCGGCUGUGCUCCGCUGGCUAUGACGGUGCCAGAGAUGGAACAAGCCCUUGCAGUCAGAUUUCGCACUAGAGCAAACGUCAAACAAGUGCCGAUAAUUAUUAAUAAGUUCAACUUUGUCAAAAUGUGUGGCCCCAUCAUAGAGGUUGUGGAAGAGAAACUGCAGUUUGUCCACUUUACAGUUCAUGAAUACCUUUUCAGCAGCACCGUCACUGAUUCUAUCGACAAGGACUUCUCUACGAAAGAGCUCGCCAGGACCAUUGUUUCCUAUCUGAAUCUAACACUCAUGGACGCAGAUUUGGAGAUUGACGAGAUCCGGGGCAAUAUGCUCAUCGGAAAGUAUCGACUUUUUGAGUACGGAUGCUAUCACUGGCCUACAUUGAUAUAUCAAACACUCGGCCACAACUAUUCUCGCACCCUUGUAAGGUUUCUGGAUAUCAUGUUACAGCAAGGAAAGAACCAUUCGUUUAUUCAACCCACUGAUGAAUCUGGACCGCCUUUCAGAUGCCCGGAACUACGGAAGGAUUCUCCCAAAGUCUUCUCAAUGUUACUUGAGACCUUGAGGUUCUAUCUUGACGAUAAAAGAUUGGAUUGGAAUUGGGGCAAUAGUGACACAUGGAUCAACUUCAAUCCUCUGACUACUUCAAAAAUGUUACUACGAAUCCAGCAACAACACUCAAGUCUCGUGGACCGUAACGAGAAUUUGACCCUGUCUUUGCUGAGAUCUAGUUACGGCUCUAACUUCUUCCGAUGCACCUAUGCCUUCUGUGAACAUAGUUUCCGGGGUUUCAAGACCCCUGGAGAACUAAAUGAGCACAUGAGAAACCAUGGAAAGCCUUGGAAAUGUUUGUCCUCAAUUUGCGACUUUUCUACCCUCGGAUUUUCUACAAAGUCGCGACGCGAUGAACAUUGGCUCAAAGUUCACUUGCCUGCUCCAGAGGAGCUUCGAAUGGGAGCUAGUGACUUCGAUAAAAUGGACGUCAUUGAACUUCAACGGUUCUUACCAGCCUUAGUCCUUGAAGGGGACGUUGACGGUGUCCAACGCCUGUUAACAUCUCCAGCAGGGGAGAAUCUCCGGCCCAGUAUCAUCGAGUCUGCCAGGAGGCUUGCAGCGAAGACUGGAUCUCUGGUGUUAACGCAGCUUCUGGCGCCAACAGAUCGGCCUAAAGCACCUGGAUCAAUCAUCAAGUUAGCUAUUCAGAGCCAAGAUGUCGAUUUUGCCAAAUGGGCAAUUCCUCAAACCGAACCAGAAGCCUGCGUCGAUAUGAUGAAGGUCACUCUUUCCAGCAAGUCAGAGGAGAUAUAUGCUCUAUGGGAGGAUUAUCUUACAACCUUGCCGCCUACUGUCAAAACUGGGCCCAGUAACAGGGAAAGAGUCACGUUAGAGUUCAUUUUCAAUCGUACAUUGUUCACCGACAUUAAGAACAACCCCAUGAAGGAGGCCAGGGUAAAACAUACCUUGAGAAGGCUGGGGAACCAGUUUAGCACCCGCUCUUUGGGACUUUUGCUCACAAACGUUGCAAAGUCCAGUUGCUCUCUACUCUUAUCCCAGGAACUUAUCGCUUUAGGUGCUUCUAUGGAAUUUCCCCGGGAUGCAAACGGAACCGGACUCACUGCCCUACACCUUGCUUCUAAGAAUACUAGUAGAGAGGCCGCAAUUCUCAUGCAAUACCUGAUUCUUAAAGGUGCAGCCAUCCAGUUGGAAAUAUCUCCUUUUCAUGGUGUCUGGAUGGGGAAAGGAGCUGAAGAGAUGGCAAAGUGGGUUGGUAUGACUUGGGAAGAGUUAUAUGACCAGUAUCUUUCAAACUUGCCAGGGCAUGAAAAGAAGUAA